UUGGAAUUUCAAUUCAUCAACUCAAGCAACAUGUCUGGUCGCGGAAAAGGCGGUAAAGGUCUCGGAAAGGGCGGUGCCAAGCGCCAUCGCAAGGUCCUUCGCGAUAACAUCCAAGGUAUCACCAAGCCCGCUAUCCGCCGUCUCGCUCGUCGUGGUGGUGUCAAGCGUAUCUCUGGUUUGAUUUAUGAAGAAACCCGCGGUGUGCUCAAGGUUUUCUUGGAAAACGUGAUCCGCGACUCGGUCACGUACACGGAACACGCUCGCCGAAAGACCGUCACGGCCAUGGAUGUCGUGUACGCAUUGAAGCGCCAAGGCCGCACUUUGUACGGUUUCGGCGGUUAAAUCGUGUCCAGGCACUCCCAGAGUGGAUUUUCAUAUCUGCAUUCCCCUGGUGUUUUUAAACACCACCCAAAACUUGAGAAAGUUGAUCGGUGUUCCAGUUCUCCUUAGACUCUAAUGCUUGACGCCUCAGUGAACAUGUUCAGAACUUGACACCGCUGUCGUCAACGACCGAAUAAUGAAUGCCACAAGGUCCUUCAAGUGGCCCACGCUUCUUGCUUCACACUCUGAGUCCGUUCACAGUGUACAACAACGAUCACUUAAGGCGAAGACUACUACUCCAGAGAGCCUAU